AUGGUGCAAUGCUUAGUACUAGGUGGGGAAAUCAAUGUUCAUGAGCUUAUUGCCGAAGGGAUUCAAGAGUCGGCUGAGAAAGUUGAUUCGGGUGCCAGGCUUUGGUACCCCAACACAAUUCUCCGCUUGUGCAACAAGGCUAAGGUAGUAUUUGAGGACAGCAGUCCAGACUGGGUGAACCCAGGGAAGCCGGUCACACGUGAGCGCAUGGUCCACACCUCACUUGCUCAACAACUAAGAAGACCACAUAUAGGAAGGCACAGAGCCCAGGAAGAAAUUCAUCAAGAGGAGUAUCAUCAGGAAGAUUACCAACAAGAAGAGCAACACAACCCAGCCAACCUCAAUAUGAGUCAUAUCUUACAUGCCAUUGAGGAUUUGGAGAUGAAACAUAUGGAGGGACAAGAGAAAAUACUCGCCAUGCAGUCCAAAUGGAUGAAGCAACAAGAAGAGUGGCAGAAACAACACAUGGAGCAGCAACAGGAGCAAUAUUCACAACUCACUCAAGCCCUACACCAAGCAACAGAGAGGCAAGAGCGUCAAGACAAACGCCUUCAAGAGCUCAACCAGCGGCAAUUAGCUCAGAUGAAAUCAUUUAAUGAGUUUAGCAUGCUGAAUGAAGGAAGGCAGUUGCAUAGAGAGGAAUUCAGUGUAAACACUCAAGCCAGAUUGAGCUAUAUGUCUGAUAAUAUGCACCACCUACAUUAUGCCAUUCCCACAUAUGAGGAGGUCCAAAAAGAGUUUGUUGAACGAGAAGAAGGGAAGGUGAAACAGAAGAAGGAAACUCUGAAGAAAAAAAUGGAAGAUGCUGGCUUCUGGAAGAAACUACUUGGAAAAAGCAAAGGGAGUGGGAGCACAAGAACUCAAGAAAAGCACCAAGAGGACAAGCAUGGAGGGGAGCAUGAGCAACCAUAUGAGUAA